CCCCCUGCUCCCAGCCCAGCCAGACCCCGCUCAGCCCGCGCCCCGCUCGCUCGCAGCCCGGCUCCCGCCGCCCGCCGGGCCAUGGGGACGCCCCCGGGCUACCGGCCCUCGGCCUGGGUGCAUCUCCUCCACCAGCUGCCCCGCGCCGACUUCCAGCUCCGCCCGGUGCCCAGCGACUUCGCGCCGCGCGAGCAGAGCUACCAGCAGGCCCUGCUGCUGGUGGCAUCCCUGGCGGGCCUGGGCCUGGGCCUGAGCCUCAUCUUCAUCGCUGUCUACCUCAUCCGCUUCUGCUGCUGCCGGACCCCAGAGCCUCCCGGGGCCAAGAGCCCCCCGCCCGGGGGCGGCUGCGCCACCUGGAGCUGCAUUGCUGCCCUGCUGGUUGGCUGUGCAGGCAUUGGCAUCGGUUUCUAUGGCAACAGCGAGGCCAGUGAUGGGGUGUCUCAGCUCAGCGCCGCCCUCCUGCACGCAAACCACACGCUCAGCGACAUCGACCACCUGGUGCUGGGCCUGGUGGAGAGGCUGGGCGAGGCCGUGAGGACAGAGCUGACCUCCCUGGAGGAGGUGCUGACACAGCACACCGACCUGGUGGCAGCGGCCCGGGGGGCCCGGCGGCAAGUGGAGGCAGUGGUGCAGCAGCUGCCUGGACUGGCCUUCUGGCGGGGGGUGCCCCUGAGCCUCCUGCAAGUGGCCGAGGAUGUGUCCUUCGUGGAGGAGUAUAGGUGGCUGGCCUACGUGCUGCUGCUGCUGCUGGAGCUUCUCGUCAGCCUUUUCACCCUCCUGGGCCUGGCCCGCCAGAGCAAGUGGCUGGUCGUCUUGAUGACGACCAUGAUUCUCCUGGUGCUUGUCCUGAGCUGGGGCUCCAUGGGCCUGGAGGCAGCGACCGCUGUGGGCCUCAGUGACUUCUGCUCCAGCCCGGACACCUACCUACUGAACGUGACCCAGGAGGAGACGGGGCUCAGCUCAGACAUCUUGAGCUAUUACUUUCUCUGCAGCGAGGCGGUCUCCAACCCCUUUCAACAGAGGCUGACUGUGUCCCAGCGAGCUCUGGCUGGGGCCCACUCGAAUCUUCAGGGCCUGGAGCGGGAAGCGGUGCCCCAGUUCCCGGCUGCACAGGAGCCUCUACUGUCCUUGGAGGAGACGCUGAACGCGACCGAAGGGGACUUCCACCAGCUGGUGGCGCUGCUGCACUGUCGCAGCCUGCACAAGCCACCCGCCUUUUAGACAGUAAUCUGAUCACACCAUCAGGACCUUCCCUGAGCCCUGGCCUGAGCGGGGACAGAAGUCCCGGCCCAGUGCCCGCCGAGGCCGUGUCCCACCCCUGGCACAGGCCACGCUGCCCCCACCUCAUAGGAUCUGUGUGUCCCCGAGUCUGCCAUCUCACUCUGAGGUAACCAGUGGGGCCGGGGUCCUGGCCAGUCCUUGGGGCAGUCAGCAGACACCCCCUACCCUUCGGAGAACACCCCCCCCCGAGACAGCCCAAGCUCCCGCAGCAGCUUCAGGCCAGGGACUUCACAGGAUAUGUGACGUGUGGGGGCUGCACAGCUGUGAGGGUGCUGCGGGGUGGAGCCCAGGGGUGCUCUCCGCAGGUGUGGGGCCCAGGAACCAGGUUCAGUGGCCCCUCAGCCCCGGGAGGGAGCCCCGAACCAGGCAGGGCUGGCUGGGGCGCUGUGCCAGAGAGGGGGCCCCAGAGUGGGGGCUUUCCAAGUGGGCGCUGACCCCUGACCCCUGUCCACCGCUCC